AUGCAAUUGGUCUCAAAAAGAUAUUCGAAGUCAGUCACGAAGCUUUAUUGUUUAGUAUCAUCUUAUGACGAUGUUAUACACGAAUCAAAUGGUAGAAUAAUAAUUCGUCAUAUACUUUUUGUCCAAAAUACUACACAUUUCAUUCAUUAAAAUGGGAAAGAAAUCACUUCGAUUCUUUACAAACAUUUGUUUGCACAUCAUCCAGAUUUAUUAAAUAUAUUCAAUCGUACAAAUCAAAAGAAUGGCACACAACCAUUUGCUUUGGCUAAUACAGUAUUUCUUGCUAUUGAAAAUAUCGACAAUUUAGAAGUACUUAUGCCUCAAAUCUUAUUAAUUGCUCAUAAACAUCGUGCAUCAACUGUUCGACCAGAACAUUAUCCAAUUGUUGGUAAAUAUUUACUUAUUGCCAUCGAUGAAUUUUUAGGUGGAAUGACCGAUUCGGAUAUUCGAAAUGCUUGGUCAGCUGCUUAUAAGAUGAUUUCUUCGAUUUUUAUCGAUAUUGAAAAGAAACUAUACGCUGAACUUGGUGAUAAACAUCAACAAGGUUUUAUUCCAUUUAAAAUUAUUGAAAAAGAAAUCAUUGCAAGGGGACCAAUUGCUGCUAUUACACUUGAACGUAAUGAUGGUGGAAAGUUACAGAAAUAUCAUUCCGGACAAUAUAUUACACUUCAAAUUAAAAAAGACGGCAUUUUACAUAUUCGACAUUAUAGUCUUAUGCAGCCAUACGAUGGUAAAACUUAUCGUAUUGCAAUUAAACAAGUUAAUGAUCAUGAGCCAAAAGGUAUUGUUUCGACUGAAAUAAUUAAUAAAUAUAACGUUGGCGAUAUAAUCACAUUAAGUUUACCGGCUGGCACUUUUAAAUUGAUUGACAAUGGUAAACGUUAUUUAUUCAUAGCAGUUGGAGUGAGUAUAACAGUCUUAUUAGCAAUGAUAUGUGAUUUACAUCAGCAAGGUAAAGCUGAUCUUGCAACAUUAAUUCAUUGUGUAACAAAUGAAGAUCAAGCUAUUUUUGCUGAUGAUAUGCGUCGAAUCUUAUCAGAAAAUCAAUAUUAUGUACUUCUUCAAGGUAAAAGACAACUACACGAUUUGAUAAAAAAACUAAUAACAUCGGAAACAAAUGUUUAUCUUUGUGGUUCAGUACAAUUUGUAAAUAAAGUCGAAGAAUAUUUAUUGAAAUGUAAUCAUCCAUCGUCUCAAAUUCAUAUUGAAACUUAUCAGCCAGCACUCAGUUUAGUUAAAGGUGCAGUUAAAAAUAGUGCAACAACAACCAAGCCAAUAUAG